AUGCACAAGGGACUACUCAUUGCCGCCGCACUGGGCGGCCUUGCCUCUGCAGACGAGACAUGGACCAUCAACGCCAGCUCCAACUGGGGGACAUGGGAGGGCUGGGGUGUGUCCUUGGCUUGGUGGGCAAAGGCCUUUGGCAACCGUGAUGACCUCUCGGAUAUGUUCUUCAGCCUGGACAACACGACCUUCAGCUCGAAAAGCGUGCCCGGGUUGGGUUUCAACAUUGCUCGCUACAAUGCUGGAGCGUGCAGCAGCAACACAUACAACGGUACCAAGAUGGUCACCCCGUCCACCAUGAAGAAGUCACGUCAAAUUGACGGCUUCUGGUGGGACUGGGCGUCCAAGGACCCGGCCUCAUCUAGCUGGCACUGGGAUGUCGAUGCAAACCAGAGGACAGCUCUCACCAAGGCCAAGGCCAACGGAGCCAACCGCUUCGAGCUCUUCAGCAACGCACCCAUGUGGUGGAUGUUGUACAACAAGAACCCUGCCGGGAGCGACGAUGGCUCCUCCGACAACCUUCAGACCUGGAACCAACAGGACCACGCCCUCUACCUCGCACAGGUCGCCGCACGCGCAAAGAGCAGCUGGGGCAUCACCUUCGAGAGCGUCGAGCCGUUCAACGAGCCCAUCUCAAACUGGUGGAACGGCAAGACAGGCACCCAAGAAGGUUGCCACUUCAGCGUCGCCGCCCAGGCCGCCACCAUCCCCCUGAUGCGCUCGCAGCUCGACGCCGUCGGCCUGACAUCCGCCCUGGUCGCCGCAUCAGACGAGAACAGCUACGACGGCGCCGUCUCGACCUUCAAGGGUCUCGGCUCGACCGCAGUCGGCAAGCUGGGCCGAGUCAACGUCCACGGCUACCAGAAGGGCAGCGGUGACCGGAGCGGCCUGUACACGCUCGCCACCAACGCGGGCAAGAAGAUCUGGAACAGCGAGUACGGCGAGAACGACGCCACCGGCGCGCAGCUCGUCUCGAACCUCAUCCUCGACUUCCGCUGGCUGCACCCCACCGCCUGGGUCUACUGGCAGGCGAUCGACGGCGGCGGCUGGGGCCUCGUCAACGGCGACAACGACGCCGUGACGCUCAGCAACGUCGAGCAGAAGUACUACGCCCUCGCCCAGUUCUCCCGCCACAUCCGCGAUGGCAUGCGCAUCCUCGACGGCGGCUCCGACCACGUCGUUGCUGCUUAUGAUGCCGCCAAGUCGAAGCUCAUCAUCGUGGCUGUGAACUGGGGCGCCGCGCAGUACAUCAACUUCGACCUGUCAAAGUUCGCUACUCCCGGCAAGGACGGCCAGACUAUCCCGAGGUGGUCGACUGUGGUUUCCAGCGGUGGCCAGCAGUAUGUCUCUGUGCCGGCUGAUACUACGCAGAGCGGCACCAAGUUCUGGUCGUACUUCAACACCAACCAGGUCCAGACGUUUGAGAUUUCAAACGUCAAGAUCUGA